GUGAGUUUAACAGUCAUUGUCAUCUUUAUAGUUUUUUUCCUAGUUUUUUUCUGAAUCAGAAAUCUCCUUGAAUAGUAUAAUUUGAGACACCUUCUUUCAUGCUCGAUCACCAACGUAUAUGUUCCCCAAAAUUAGCCCCUACCCAAAGUUGGUCAUCGGGGAGCUUGAAAAACGAGCCCCAAAAAGUAAUAAGGAAAUUCAUAAACGCCGCAGUUUACGUGGAAAAACAGAUAAUGCCGCCCCUGAGGAAAAAGAGCCCGCUGUAUCUGGAUACUGCAAGUGACGGAGGAAAUACCAGCAGAACCAUUUCCACGGACAGGUCCGUGAAAAGAUGUACUUGCAUCACUUCCCCGAAAACUUGCCCCUGCCACCCCAUGGAGGACAAACCCGAAAAAAAAUUGGACAACUGCGACUCGUCCUCUUCGAGCUCUGACGUCGGCAGCCAGAUAACGGUGAAAUCCAAGAAGAUAACCUCAUUUGCCAAACAAGACUCUGAAAUGAACCUCUCUUUGACCAGCCUGUAUACGGACCGCACCGAAAGGUUGGACCCCAAAGAAAAAGAGACUAUCAUCAAAAGCUGGCUGAACAAAAAAGACAUGGAGAAGAAGAAGCAGGAACUGAAGGAAGAGAAGAGUAGAGAAGCGAAGCAAAGAGAAAGAGAGUUGAUUCGGGAGAAGGAGAAGGAAAACUUCCAGAAGUGGUUGGCAAGGAAGAAAGACAAAGAGGCGGCGAAGAAGAAGGAAGAGGAGCGGAAAAAGGAAGAGGAGAAGUUGAAGGAGGCAGAGAAAGAGAGGAAGCAGAAACUGAACGAAACGUCGUAUCAAUCUUGGUUGAGGAGGAAUAAGAGAGUCGAACUUGAACGCAAAAUCAAAGAAAAGCUAGCCUUAAUACAAUUAUAUGAAGAGAAACAGAAACGUCUAGAAGAAAAUGAGAAAGCCUUCAUGGACUGGUUUGAAAAUUCUAAAAGAAAACCGAAACCUGUAGCUCUGAAUCAAGGACUCAAAAGUCUAUGUUCGUCGACAUCAAUAACAUACAUAAAUCCUGUUCCAUGGAUUCCAAAUGUCGAAUUAGCCCAGAAACCUGCAUCCCAAUAGAACAGCUAAAAUUAUUGUUUCCCAUAGAAAAUAAAAACAUCGAGAUAAUAUAUUCCUCUGCACAUUUAUCAAAAUCAAACCAUGCAUAAUUGAAUGUUCAUUGUUCAUUAUCUGCGCCGAUUACUAGCACUGCAUAUAUGUACAGGGUGAGUCAGAAUAAGACCGACAAAUCAGAGAUAUAUGGGGGUCAAAAAAUAUUAUUCUUACAGAAAACGUCUGAAGAAACAAAACUUGGUAAAUAUACUAUUCUAGGCUAAUCCAUAUAAUAAAUGAAUAAAUAAAUACUGGCUAUAAUGAGUUGUUGCUCAAUUUAUUAAUAAUACUCC